AUGUUCUCCCGUGCCGCCCGCCCGGUCCUCAGGGCUGGCAGUGCUGCUGUCACCCGCACUGCCCCGCCCAAUGCCGCCAACUUCGCGACUCUGCGUGAGAUUGAGGGCCGCCUCAAGUCCAUCAAGAACAUCCAGAAGAUCACCAACACCAUGAAGGUCGUUGCCUCUACCCGUCUUACUCGCGCCCAGAGAGCUAUGGACGAGUCUCGUGUCUACGGUGAGACCUCCAACACCGUCUUCGAGAAGGCCGAGACCAAGCCCAUCGAGGGCAAGAAGACUCUGUACGUCGUCGCUAGCUCCGACAAGGGUCUUUGCGGUGGUAUCCACUCCAGUCUGAGCAAGGCUGCUCGCCGUCUGUUGACCGAGGACCCCGAGGCCGAUCUCGUUAUCCUCGGUGAGAAGGGCAAGGCCCAGCUGUCGCGUUUCGCUCCCGAGAAGAUCCUCCUCUCCUUCUCGAACGUCUGCAAGGACAUCCCCACCUUCGCCGAUGCUCAGGCUGUCGCCGACCAGAUCGCCCUGCUGCCUACCGACUACAGCAGCGUCAAGGUCAUCUACAACAAGUUCGUCAACGCUCAGACCUACGAGGCCACCGUCUCCGAGGCCUACUCCGAGGAGGCUAUCACCCAGUCCGCCAACAUCUCCGCUUUCGAGAUUGACGACGAGGCUCUGGCUGGUCUCCGCGAGUACGCUCUCGCCAACAACAUCUUCUGGGCUAUGGCUGAGGGUCACGCUUGUGAGAUCUCUGCUCGUCGCAACGCCAUGGAGAACGCCUCCAAGAACGCUGGUGAGAUGAUCCAGAAGUUCCAGAUUCUGUACAACCGUCAGCGUCAAGCUACCAUUACCGGUGAGCUGGUUGAGAUUAUUACCGGUGCCACCGCCUCCGCCGACAUGUAA